ACCAUUAUACAGUGUUCGUAUCAUAUAGCUAAGAUACUAUGGCGCACAUGUGGUCAACAACGUCAACUAUAACGGUAAUAGGUGUCCUGCUGAUAAGCCACGUGACGGGACUUGGUGACGUCAUAUUGCAUGGUGACGUAUACGCUCAGUACAUUGGCGCCCUCUACACAGACAUCACGUGCACGACGGUGGAACCGGAAACAGUUCAGAAUCUGCAGGCGAUCAAGUGGACUCUGGAUAGUCUCAACAAGAGGAACUUCAUCAGCAGUGUGAGAAUAGGUCUGCGGGUGACGGCCUUAUGCAACUCGGUUGAGGAUGCCCGGCAGCAGGCGAUGCGUCUCAUUGUCGAGUUAGGGGCCUCAAAUACUUCCGACAUUAUAGGUAUUAUCGGGUCGGAAUACAGCUCGGAGGCAGAAGCAAUCUCGCGGCUGAUGAGCCCACUUCCGGAGCGUUUCCGGUUGCUACAGGUGAGCUUAUCUGCGACGGCCGCGAAGCUCAGGGACCGCAGUAUUUACCGGAACUUCUUUAGAACCAUUCCACCGGAUGAUCUCCAAGCUAAGGUAAUGAAGCAGUUCUUAGUCAGUAUGAACUGGACAUUUCUUGCGAUCAUUCACGAUGACAACGCGUACGGUUCCGGUGGCGCCCGGGCGCUCCUCGAAACGGCGAAGGGCCUUGACAUCUGCUUCCCCGAAGUGAUUCCUGUGGGUGCCGAUUACAACGUGACGGUUGUGGAGAAUCUUCUUCGAGAGCGAGUGUACAGGAUAGGGCGGUCACCGCUACCUCCUGUCACUGGUAUAAUUGUAUUCGGUACUUUCUACCUGACUUCCGCUGUGCUGAAGGCCGCAGAUAACAUUUCUCGCCAGGGCGGGGACGCCGCUAACAUUCGGCCCGUCUUCCUGUUGUCGGAGGCGGCAGGCUAUCUUGAAGGCGACACAGAUCCCAUAACCAAAGGCGCCUUUGUUCUAAGUCCGCCUCGCCGGAAUAUGUCUGAAUUCGAAACAGAAUGGAAGCUGAGCCUAACAGACAACAGCAUAUUAAGAACCGAAGCGGGAAACAAUUUAUAUUUCAAGAAAAUGUAUGAACAAAUUAGAAAUUGUCAGUUUUCUGAAACAAAUACGUCAUCAAGCGUUUACUGUAGAGCUAUGACUGACGCGGAGUUCCGCGAUCAAAUCCCCAAUACAGUUUACAACCAGUACGGGAUACAGGCCGCCAUGGUGGUGGCGAAGGCGGUGGACUUGGUGAGUGGCAAGGUAUGUCCCAGGGCCGCCUCCUGCCCGCAGCUGACAAACACAAGUCUUGCACCAAGAGCGGAAUUCAUCUCCGUUCUUGAGAACAGACACAUCGAUUUUGACGCGGAUUUUGGAUCAUUCCGGCUGGACGCGUUUAAGAACCAAAACCUUGGCAUUGUAUUUAAUGGGUCGGCUGAUCCGGUCUUCAUCCCGGCGGGACAGAGCCCGGAGUACGAAGUGUACAGCCACCAAGAUUGUCCAGGAUCUAGUUCCCCGUGUCUACGAAAGGUAGCGGAUUACAGAUUAGGUCAACUUAAAACCUCGGGUUACAAUCCCAUUAAAUGUUACGACCUAGCUGGCACAGAGACCGACUGUUCCGUCCAUCGGCCUCAGGUGCCUAACGGCUUCCGGUCUGACACAUGCGUGGGGCGACAGGAAUUGGAUCCCGUUCUCUUUGAGAUGGGUGACAUUUACAUAGUAGGGAUCGUACCUGUUCAUAACGUGGGUAGCUCGCCCCUGGAGUGUGGCGAUAUUAAAAAAGGCAGCAUCGAUGUUGUUGAAGCUAUUCGGUUUGCUGUGAGUGAGCGACAGACUUUAUUCUCGGGUAAAGUCGGAGUUAUUAUAGUGGACAGUUGUAACGAUCCGCAGAUCAUACAAGAAAAGAUCCUCUCUAUUCAGAGACUGGGUGUAUACCACGAUGGUGUCUAUGAGCAGGUCAAGGGUAAGAUCCUUGGCUACAUAGGCGGCUGGUCGAGCGAUGAAAGCAAGGCUGUCGCGCUAAUCACUGGCCGCCUCAGUAAGGUUCAAAUCAGCUACGCAUCGACAGCCAUCGUCCUCAGCCGGCGGAACGAGCUUCCGUACUUUCUCCGAAUUCCAAGCCCUGACAAUGACCAGGCGAGGACAAUGCUAGAAAUUGUAAAGACACUCCACCCGAACCGGACACAAAUUCAGGUUCUCUACAGCCAGAGUACGUAUGGUGAGGGUGGUUUGAGCCUGAUCAAGGACGUCAUUGAAAAUUUACAGUAUGACGUCUGCAUAGUAAAUCAGAUACCAUUUUCGGCGGAAAUCAGCCCUCAGCGCGUCGUCGACAGCCUCCGAGCAAACUCAGACGCCAAGUUUGUUUUAGUGUUCUUGGGAUCGUCUGACGUCAAUAUCAUCAUCAACACCCUUAACACAUUGGAUAGUAACGAAUUCCUCUUCAUAACAUCGGAAGGAUGGGGGCUGCGACAAGCGUUGAUUGGUUCCAUUGCGAUUGCCUCGCGCCUGUGGGUGACGGACUCAUUCGAGAACCACAUAGCUGCCCUGGUGCCCGAGGGUAGCUCCAUCAAUCCCUGGGUCCGCCCCUACAUGGAGUCGCAGUUUGACUGUUACUACCAGUGGAGUUUUGACAAGUCGUCCAAUAGGACUUGCACAGGUAGUGAGCGGCUUACAAGCUCCGUGUACGACAUUGAUUCGUGGGCGCCGUUCGCCGAACGGGCGGUACAGAUGCUCAUGGAUGCCGGCAGUCAGUUCCUGCUGUCCACGUGCGGAAACAGCGGCUCCAUUUGCCCAGCUUUUGCCAACUCGACGGACCAGUUUCUGGCAGUCCUAAAGAACGAGCGUGCCAAGAAAGAGGCUCAGGACGCCAAGUUGUAUCCCGUAUUUGACGACAACGGUGACGGCACAAUUGGAUACCGGAUAUACGUCUUCGAUAGCACCGGGGAUCCAGUUAAGAUCGGGUCGAGCGGAGAAGAGACGAGCUUCAACCUGCAGGUGGACGCUUUCAACGUGCACCGCCCACGUGACUCCUACAUUUCCUCGUGCGGAGAAUCCCAGGCUUGCGGUAAAUGCUUUCCCGCUCCGAGCUCUACUGAUUCCACCGGAAGUUCGGCGGUCUCUGGGGGAAUUAUCGCCGUGAUCGUGGUCCUUGUUGUGCUGUGUUGCGGGCUGACAGCCGCCCACCUCUUCAUCUGUAACCGUUAUGGAUGUUUCCUCCGCUUCCAAAACGGAAAUCCUCUGUAUGAUACGUAUUUGACGCCGGAGUACGUAUCACAGGGACGAAUGAUGACGUCGGACGGCAGCGAUUGGUCUGCACAGCCCGAGAGGGAACUUCCGAAACGACCGUGCGAUUCGGGCUACAAUAAUGUCAUCAACUACGAGACGAGAUCCGUAGACGACGGCAGCUGCGCAAGUAACCAGACCGUUGCGUCCAGAAAGAUUACCGGUCAGGCGGACGGGUCAGGAGGGGUUAUGAACCCCAUCUUUGACGAUGGAAGUGCCGGGAUGCUAAAGAGUCCUUCCUCAGACACGAAGACGAGCGUCUUCCACGGAGGCGUCGAGAUCUCAGACGCUGGUACUAUCACUGAGACCCCGCAGUCUCACAGGUUUAUUAACCCCAAACAACAACAAGAACAGGCUCCGCAACAACAACAACAGCAGCAGCAACAUCAGAUGCUAAAACCAAACGAGCAACAUAGUGUCAUGUUUCAGGAUGGCGGCCAUUAUAUCAGUAUGCAGAACAAGAUGGAGUUUUGAAGUGCCGGACACUGACUUUGGAACAGGGUUUGGUUCAACAGAUUUUUGAGAGGCCAGAUAUUAAUAUAAUAAUAUGAUGGCCGAUAAUUAAAAACAUGAUAAUACUGCUCGGUCAUAAAACGUGUGAAAAAAAUGGUUUUUACAAAGAACCUUGACAAUUAUGAAAUGACAUUGAGUUUGUGUUCAUUUUCGUAGUUUAUUUUUAAUAAUGUUCAGGUUGAUAAAAAAUACAUGCAUUAUUAUGAUGGGUUUUUUUUAAAUAAAUAUAC